CUGGGCGGGGCUUGUAGUAUUUGAGAACAACGGUUCGAAUUGACCAAUAAAACUGACCAUUCACUUUUAAUGGGAUCUGAAAAAAAUUUAGUAAAUCUUAACGUAGCAGGUCGAUUCACAGAGCUUGGCCGCAGUUGACAAAAUCUGUCUUCUACUGAGUACAUCGAUGUUUGAAAAGUUUUAUAUGAACGGAAGAAUGGACUCAUUUCUAAAAGUUUUAUUAGUUUUACAGUCCAGCGUAUUUGUAUCAGGAUUUUUUUUCAAUAGACAUCCGGAAGUUUGUUAUGACCAUAUAGGAUGUUUCAGCAAUAAAGCUCCGUAUAAUAACGCCAAUGGUAGAAUACCAGAAUCUCCAGACCAUAUUCAAACAGAGUUUUUAUUGUACACACGACAAAAUCCAACGGAGGAGUUUCUACUGAAUGCGUAUGAUGUGUCAAACAUCAGCCAUUCACAUUUCGAUGGCAGUAAAAAAACAGUAUUUAUCAUUCAUGGUUACAACGACUACGCUACCAGUACUUUGAUUCAGGACAUAAAAUACGAACUUCUUAUAAAGGAUGACAUGAAUGUUAUUGCAGUCAACUGGCAAUAUGGAGCAGAUAACCUUAUAUAUGCAAAGUCUGCGGCAAACACGCGAGUCGUUGGGGCUAUUAUUGGGGAACUUUUGAAAAAUCUUCAUUCCGCAGGACUUACAAGUUACAGCAAAAUCCAUCUCGUUGGACAUAGUUUGGGCGCCCAUAUUUGCGGAAUUGCAGGUGCCAUCGUAGACGGUAGAAUAGCAAAAAUAACAGGACUUGAUCCAGCUGGGCCCUGUUUUGAGUUACAAGACCCGGUAACACGAUUAGACACAUCUGAUGCUCAUUACGUAGAAGUUAUACACACUGAUGGAGCUUCUCUUUUGCAAUUUGGUUUUGGAUUAGAUAGAGCAAUUGGUCAUGCUGACUUUUAUCCAAAUGGAGGUGUACGACAGCCUGGUUGUGACCAUAAUGUACAUUCUACUGCGUUCGCUUUAAUAACUGGCAGAAUGGGAAAGUUUUCAGCAGCACUAGCAUGCAGUCAUAUGAGGUCUUUUGACUUGUUUAUAGAAUCUAUCAAUUCACAAUGCGCCUUCAUUGGAAUACCUUGCGACUCGAAAGAGGACUUUGAUGCCGGCCUUUGCACCGGAUGUGAUGAUGGAUGUGCUGAAAUGGGAUAUAAUGGUCAACAAAACGGCCACGGGAGAUACUACUUCGCAACGAAUUCAGCUGCACCAUUUUGUGAAGAAUAACGUUUUUAAUAACCUUUUGUAAAUUAGGAUUUUUUUCAGUCAAUUUUACAGCAAUUAUUUAGACCAAGAUAUGUUAAAUAUUUGACUAAUUGAAAAAUAAUUUCUUCUUUUUUUUUUAAAUGGACAUACUAGAUAUAAUAAUUGAGAUAGUUGUUGAAUAUGCACUCUGCAAAAUUUUAAAAGGCAAACAAUAGAGGGGGAACAAUGAGCUGUAUGUAGUGCUGUAUAUAGUAUUUCCGUGAAAUUCUGUUUUAAUUAUAAUCAAAUAUUUUUAUGUUGUAUUGUAUAAUAUUCAUGAGAAUUAUGUUGAUAUUAUAUUUCAUAUUAAUCAGGAUUAAAAUAAUAAACAUUUUUUUUUUAA